AUGCCCCGCGGUCGCCCCCGAAUCUACAAAACUCCGGAAGAUAAGGCUCGUGCCAAUCGAGAGAAAAGCAAGCGAAGUUACCACAAGCAAAAGGUUGCUAUCAGUUCUCGCCGAGUGGCCCGCCGCUACCGCCACGAAAGAGUCAAGAACAAGCCUAUCCUUGGUGCAGCUCCAGCCGAAGCCCCGCCCAGCGCAUAUCCCGAUCCUGACGAUGUCCCUGCGUGGAUGGCCCUGGUCUCCCAGGUUGCCGCAAAGACCCAGGAGCUCAUUAAAGGCUCCGUACGUGGAUAUUUCCAGCAAAUAUGCCAGUGUUUCAUCUUCUCCCUUCUGAGGAACGAGAUUGAUGAUGCUGCAAUGGAGUUCGAAAGUAUGAAAAUCACUAUACAACGGUGCGGGCACGCUUUGUUACAAGUCGUCGGGGUGGGAGACGAAUACCGGGCAGCGGAACAGGUAGAGAGGGAGAUCGACCAAGUGAUAUGCUGUUUUGAUGACAUCAUGUGUCAUCUCUUGGUUGGCAAGGCCGAACUAUUUGAUAUGUACUCCAGCGAGCAGCUCAUGUACCAAUCCCUGGUGUAG